GGGUGUUCCAGCCAUUUGGUGUGUUCAGCGGUUCCGAGCACCUCGUACGACGAUGGACGUGACCGACGACGACGUGAAGGCCAAAGUCGCCGACGACAUGACGGUCGAAACUACCGAGGACGUGCAGGUUGAAGCUGCUGCGGUCGACAGCAGCGACAUGGAGGUCGAUGAGGUCAAGGUCGACGAGCCCGUUGUGGAGGCCAGGCAGAUGAACCUUCCGGACGUCGAGGUCUCGGCGCUCCUCGGGCGCGUGACCUCGUGGACCGACGUCAACAUGCACUUGCAGCACGACACGGUGAAUGCGUUCUCUCUCACGCUCCAUGCACAGUGCCAGCAGGAGCUCCAGAUCCACACGCGCGUCCGUGUGAACGGUACCAUCGAUCUCUCGUACGAGUUUCUCUGCGGCGGCCAAGGCAACACGGAAGCGUCGAUCCUCAAGCGGCGAGGCUCCAGCCGCGAGAUCGAGGUCGCCUGUGUCUUUUGCGGCCGCAUUUGCUCGGACACGCAGGCCGGCCAGUACUGGUUCAACAUGACGCUGCACCGCAAGGCGGAUGGCGACGCGUACUUUCAGCUCUCGUCCGGCAUUGGCAGUGGCAUCGGCGACAAGCUUGUCAUCAUCGGCCAAGACCUGCUUCCGAAGGACACGACCCGCGUCGAAGUGGUCUCGGUCGGGGUCACGAGCGGUCGGUCGCCGGUCCGCGCCCGUGCGAUCCAAGUCGCGGCCCAUACCCAGACGCUGCUUUCGUCGGAAGUCGCGCUCUGCGUCAUGUCGGACCCGUCGGGUACGGACCUCUUGACGCCCGAGCAGCGCGUGCAGUACGUCGCCGGCUGCGAAGGCGCCAAGAAGCGCGCCCAGCGCUUCAACAGCGAGUACAAGCAGCCGGACGUCAAGCAGUUCCUCGACUCGAAGAUCGUGCGCAUGAUGCAGCGCAGCGGCGCUGUGACCGAGAAGGGCUUUUCGACCGGCUUUGACGUCAUGAGCGCGGAAGAAGUCGCGAAGCGUGAGGCGCGCCGGAACCGCUUCAACGUCGCCGAGUACGCGAUCGAGGGCGGCAUCGCGCGCGAGAUCUCGGAAGGUCUCACGGAAGACGAGCUCGCCAAGCGCAGCGAAGAGGCCGCGCGCCGGGCCGGUCGCGCCGCCAAGUUUGGCAUCGAGACGCACAGCAACAUGCAGCUCCACGCGGCGUCGCCCAAGGUGCUCGCGGAGCGCGUCGACAUGAACACAGCGCUCGAGGCGCGGGACGACGCGAUCCACAUGUACUCUCUCGACGACGCCUUUACGAGCGUCCGGACGCGCGAUAUUCUGGCCUAUUUCACGGGCUACGGCCCGUCGUACGUCGAGUGGAUCAACGAUAGCUCGUGCACGAUCGUGUUUCACGACGCGUUCACGGUCUCCCGCGCGCUCCUCUCGCUGAGCGCCGAUAUUGCGCCCGAGCUGCUCCUCGAGGCCAAGCCCGUCAAGGACGUGGUGCAGAACCCCUUUGCCGCGCCUAGCGACGACAUGAGCGCCGAGGAUGGCGUCUCGGCCCACGCUGCCGGCUGGCGCGUCGGCGUGCCGAUCAAGGCGUCGGAUCACAUGGACCGGCAUUGGCGCCUCCUGCUUCGCCGCGCGACGAUCAACGACUUCCCGCCCGAGAAGCCGUGGAAGCGCGACCAGUACCAGCGCGGCAGCCACCGCCGGGCGGGUGGGCGCCAGCAGCAGAGCAAGAAGCGCGGCCGAGACGACAACGACGACGACGAGAGCAUGGGCCAGAGUCGCCGCCGGUAUACAAAGCGCAUUCACUCGUAAACGGCGAGAAGCGCGAGACCGAUGCAGUCAAAUCGUCGCCAACCUAUACAGUCGCGCCACCUUAUAUAGUCGUGUUUUGCGGUAUCACUACUAACGCCUGUCGAUCGUCGCCUAUGACGCU